AUGAAAUUAGUGAAACCGCCCCUCUAGGUUAGAGAAAAAUAAUGGGACAAUCGUUUUUAUUUGGGAAAGCUGAGUGAUCACGAAAUUAAGAAAUAGUUUAUGAUUAAGAAGAAAUCAGUAAAAAGACCUACAUCUACGAAUAAAAUUGUGGUUGAUGAAAAAUCAUUAGCAAUACGACUUUAUGAGUUACAAUUAUUGUGGGAAUAAUUCCGUAUUCCUCAAUUUCAUAGGGCUUACUUUCUUCAAUAUAAUGAAAAAGAUCUUGAAGCUAUUUUAAGAGAAACUGCUGAAAUCAAGUUGAAGUAAUCCAUAGUACAAAAGCUAAUGAGCUUGGUAAAAGGCAGGGAGAGAUGUUUGAAUUAUUUGAAAACUGAAACAUUUGAAGAACACAAAUUCUCAGAACUUUUAUUUCAUCUCAGAAUUUUAACAGUCAAUGUUAUUGAGCAAUUUAAAAAAUGGAGAGAUUCCCUCAAUAGAUGUGUUCGCUGGAGAAUAGAUGAAGUAGAUUAUCUCGUUAAAUUAAGAGGAGAUAUUGCUUUUCUAAAAGAAUUUUAUUAAGAUUACCAAAGAGACCCAUUUUUGCUAUGGCUCUACAAAUUAGGAAAGAAUGACACAAUCCAUUCAAAUUAUCAUUAAUUGCAGAAAGACAUGAUGAAAAGAAUCCGUGAUUGGUAAUCAUAUACAAUAAUAUUUUCAGCGAAAUUUUACUCAUAGAGAAUGAUUACUUUGACAUGUAAACCAACAUUUUAUCGAGAAAGGAGGCUCAAUUGAUAAAUAAAUAUCUCAGAGAAUCAACACUACAAAUAGAAGACCAAAAGAGUUUGGAAUUAAAGAUCUUAAGUCCAACUAUUAAACAGACUAAGACAGUUUAAAUAUAGGACAAUCUGACUCUGGUGCCAUAAGUUGUAAGAAAUAAAGAGCAAUUCACUAAAUUGUUGAAUUAAAUAAAAAAUGAUGGCGACAUUGAGAGCUCAUUCCCAAUAAGAGAAAAUUUAUUUGAAUUGAUUGACUAUUAGGAUUCACAAAUCCUAGCCUUCAUGCAGCAUUAAAAAAUAAAAGGUAUUUGCAUUAGUUAGAGUGAACAGACUGAAUAAUAUAGAAAAGUCAUCAUUGAAUAAAUUAAAUUAGAAAAUAUGUAACUGUUUCCUCAAUUCAUCUAAUAAAUAAGUAAUUAUAUACCUGGAAAUGAAAUUACUAUUAAAUUGGUUCAUUAUAUGUAAAAUGAAAAAUUGAUUGAUUGUGAAUAUUUAAAAGUUGCACUAAAACAAGAAGGAUUUAGAUGGAAGCAGUAGACAAAUGAUAGUGAAAAAAAUAUUAGAUAUACAAUUUAUUACAAAAAGAAGGAUUAUCAAAAGUAAUAAAUGAAUCAAUUUACAUUUAAUUUUCAUGUUCAUAGCACAAAACUAAAUUAAUUGAUGCAAUUAGUUUAUAAUAAUAUUGUUGACAACACUGAUGUAGCUUAAAAAUUUAAACGUUAUGUUGAUUCAAGAAAAACUGAACAUAAUCCCCCUCAAAUUAAAUUGAAACCCAACAUUUAAGACGAUAGAGUAAUUUUAUUAGAUAUAAAAUUUAAAUUACCAUCAUUUAAAACAGAAGUGAGAAAUGAGUAUAAAUAUUACAGAAUUGUAUUUAAAUUAUUCAUAAUUAGAUUUAAGAUCCUGAAAUAACUAAUAUAUAUUUUACGGAAAUCGAUGGACAAAUAAUUUAUGCUUUAUCCUUAUUGGACAAUGAUUAUUAUAUCCUUAUUUCUAAGGAUCAAAUCAAUCACGAAACGAUUUAAAUAUCAUAGUUUUAACCAACGGAAUAGGAUCUCUCAAUACCAAUGUUUUAUUACAAAGAUGAAAUUGCUGAUGUUUUUAAUCAUCAUGUCAAUUUGUAAUUUGAGCAUCUAAUGGCAGUCAAAAGAAAUGCGGAUAAAGAGAAAUAAUCCAUUGAAAUAGCACCAGAUACUUUUUGUUUCUCCAUUUUGUAUGAAGGUUAUAUGAUAAACUCCUUCAAAAUUAAACAACAUCAUUUAAUUAAAUUUAAGCCAUUGAAGUCAUAGAUCACCAUCAGUGAUGACAUCAAGGUUGAUAAAUCUAAGUUUGUUUUACCAAGUUUCCCCCUAAUCCAAAAAAACCUAGAACCUGAGCCUUUAAAAAUCAUGAUCAAGAAUCAUGAAUGCAUUUGUGCUUUAGAUAAUUAUGAGAACAUCAGAAAGUGGAUUAUUUAUACGAUUGUUGGUUGCCAAGAGAAUUAAUUGAAGGACGUGCUUGAAUAGUUAAUAACUUAAUUGACUUUAAUAGAUCCGAAUAUUCAAGAAGUUGGUAUUGAGUAAUUUUUAUGAAUAAUUUUAGCUUUUAUCAUGAAAUGGUGAAUGGAGAAUAUACAGUUAAUAAAAACAUAUAGAAAUAACUUACAUCUCUUGGGUUCAAGUGGAAGAGCUAAGUUAACGAUGCAAUUGAACACACAAGAUUUACUAAAUAUUCAUUGAAAUUACAGAGAGAAACAUAGGUAGUUGAUAACGUAGUGAUUCAAUAUUUUUGUACUCAAGACUUUGCAGACGUCAAUGUUUAGCCUCUAAUUUAAUAGUUUUCGAUAUUUUAUCAAACCUUGACUCAAUCUCAAUUAGUUGUAAAGAGGGUAUCAUAUUCAUCUAUAAUUUAAAGAACAAUUUAAUUCCUUUUUCAAAGUACUAUAAUAAGGACAUUCCCCCUGAAUUAUAGGCUGAUUAAAUGCUAGAAACCAAAAUUUCAUAAAUUUUAUAAAAUUGCAAGUAUGGAACCAAAAACAAAAUUGAUUACAUAAUUUUUAAUGUAAGUGUAAUUAUUAACAUUAAGAGCUAAGUUAUUACAAGUAAUAAGCAUCCAGAAUUGGGAACAAUCUACUUUGUUUAACUCUUUGACAUUGUCCUCUGUUUCUAUCAAUUGGAGAAGGAACUUAAUACUGAACAAAUAGCCAAUUUGAUUUAAUAAGUAAGUACUUCCUAUAUGAUUAGUCUACAAGUGAUGAAAAUGAGAAAUAAGAAAGCUUAGGUGUUGAAUUCAUUCAAUACAGCAAAGCAGGUAGCAAUUACUCAAUGGAGAUCAAUUUAAAUACGGAGAAGCGCAUUACGAUUGAGACUUAAGAUUUUAAAACAAUAUCGAAACCUUACUUUAUUGGCAUAAUUGAGCCUAAUUGGUACGAGAAACAUAAUUAGAUGAUUGCAUCUAUGAUAAUUUUAUGA